ACAUUUGGGCGAAACACCGGCCGGAAGUUCUCCGAGGUGGCGCCACGUCAGAGCUUCUCAGCUGUCAUCGGCUGCAAACAGCGCUUUGUUUCUGCGGCUCUUCGCUUUAAUUUCACUUUCCUUUCCUUUUCCACCAUGCUCCUGCCGGGAUUGAGCUGCUUUCUGCUGCAUGUAGCCGUGGCGUUCGCGACGGAGCUCACGUUUGAACUCCCUGACAACGACAAGCAGUGCUUCUACGAGGAGUUAGACCGAGAUGUGACGUUUGACAUAGACUUCCAAGUCAUUUCUGGGGGCAACUAUGACGUGGACUGCUUUGUCACCGAUCCCCAAAACAAUGUCCUGUACAAUGAAAGGAAGAAGCAGUACGACAGCUUCUCUCACACCACUGCCAUGAAGGGAGUCUACAAGGUCUGUUUCAGCAACGAGUUUUCCACCUUCACACAUAAAAUCGUGUACGUGGACUUCCGGCAUGGAGAUGAGCGACCUCUUCUAGAGCACAUGAGCAGCAGCACAGCACUCACUCAGUUGGAGUCUUCCUGUGUUGCCAUUCAUGAGGUCUUGAAGGUGGUGGCUGACUCUCAGACGUGGUACAGGCUAAGAGAAGCUCAUGACCGCACCAAAGCAGAACACCUCCUAGAGCGGGUGACGUACUGGUCAAUGGGCGAAACCUUUCUGUUGUUCGUCAUCGGUGUGGGCCAAGUGAUGCUUCUGAAAAGUUUCUUCAAUGAGAAGAAGGGCUCUGUGGUGGCCACCACUUAGUACUCAUCUUGACCUUGCAGGGGCAUACUGUAUGUUUUUUUGUUAUUUGUUAACUGCAUUUUGAAGAUUCUUCUCUCUCUGAUUGCUCAUCACAUCCUUAAACUUGAAUAACCUUUUGUCAUAACAAGUAAAACUUAAAAUAAUCACCACAGUAGCUUAAAUAUAGCUGUCAUUAUGUUGUCGUUUAACAGAAGGGAACCAGGAUUAUUAUUGUCAAAGUUUCAUCGUCAGAGCCAGAUGUUGUUAAAAAUGUGGAACAUUGAUAAAAGCCAAAGAAAGAUUGUAAACAUCAGUUUACACUGUUUUACUCUCGUUAUCUCAAUUUGAGUUCAAUAUUGAACCAAGCUUUAGAAAUGUCACAUUGUCUUUUAGUCGUUUUGUUCUUCUUUUUUUUGCAGUGAUGCUUAUUCAUUUUAUUUAAAUGUUUGUCUUGUUUUAACUGUUUAAUUUGUAGUAGUUUUUUUUUUUUAUUUGGGUCAUAUGAAGAACAUAGAAAGUGACCCACCGUCAUGAUUUGGUAUCUGUAAUAUUGUCAAUAAAAUGAGCUGGAAAUACAAACUUUCUUGCAAUUAAAAUCCAGGUGCAAAAACUGUCUUUAAUAAAAUGAAAUGUUAAAUGGA